UAUAGAGCAUUUUCUCUUUGUUUGCGGAACCAACUUACCAGCUAUAACAUAAGAAACUUUCCAACACGGAGCUUUUAUCGUGUUGCACUUUACAAAACAGGGACAAUUCAUGAAACAGCUGCCGGUUGCUAUGGCGACUCGGCGAGUCGUUAGCAGGGCAUGAGAUGACAUCUGAAUCCUUAAGCAAUGUUCAGCAUCUCUUCACCACUCAGCAUGCUUCAGUCCCAGAGUGUCCAGCUCCUCUGCCUAACGGCGUCCAGCGGUGUUCCGCUCUUCAGCCGUGGCGCCACCAAGCAGCUGCCCUUCUCCAUCAUUGGUUCACUGAAUGGUGUGCACAUGUUUGGGAAGGGUCACGAUGCAGUUCUGUCCUGCUGUGAGACUGAUCACGGUGCACGUGUACUCUGGAGAGUCUUCCACGACAGCUUGAUGCUUAUCGGAGUCAGCAGCAACGCCAACAUUAGCGAGCUGCACUUGAGGCGUUUGCUGGAGAACACCUGGAACUGCAUGGUGCUCGUGCUGGGCCUGGAUGAGCUGGUGAAUGCGCGAAACGUAGAGCGGCUCAAGAGAGAGCUGCGCUCUUGCUAUGGGUUAAUCGACAUGCUGCUUGAACGUGGUGUGGAGGAUCGUGAUCAGGGCCUCAUGGGAGAUCUGACACACUGCACUGACUGCAUACUGCUUCCUCAACCCGACCUCCUUCAAGACACACUGGAAUCCUUCACCAGGGCGGCAGAGAGCGAGUUUGGCUGUUUGCUUUUCAGCGGUCGGCUGGCGGUGGCUACGGAAAAAUGGUGGCGUCUCGCUCCACAAGAACUCGUCCUACUUUCUGCACUUGCAAAAUUGCCCCCGGGGAAAACAUCAUGUGACUAUCCAGUCUUUUUACCACAAGGUAGCCCUAAUGUUGCGCUCAGACUGCUGUGCUUCCAGCUGCUCCAUGGUGCCAUAGUUUGCGUUCUGUGUGGCCCCAAACCAUCUCUGUAUCAGGUCGAGAUUAAGCAGGUUUACCGUUUUUGGUCUCCACUAGUGGAGAACCUUCGAUCCUGCGCGGACCAAGCAGAACGUUCGGCUCUGUCUCCUUCUGUUAGUCUCCGUCGGGAUGUCCUAGCUCUUCUCCUAAUAAACCGUGAGUCUUGCAGAUCUGUGGCAUCUCUCAGCACGAAAGCCACGCCUCUUAUUUCACCGGCUCGUCGUUGGGUGCUUCUGCGCCUCUUUUACACAUUUGCAGUGACGCGUUAUUUCACCUCGGAGGAAUCUCCAAGCUCAGAGUGUCCAACAGCAGAGCUGCUGCAUGAGGAGUUUCCCGCAGGGUUCAUACACCCGAAUGUGCACUGCUACCUUGUGACUGAUGAAUGUAAGUGCUACGCUGUGCAGACUCCUCAGCACCAGCUCUUCCUCCUGACCGACCUGUCUGUGCCCACGUUCGCGUUGCGCUCCGUCGCCACACACACUCUCGAUGCUGUCACCGCGGUGACCGGCUUUUAGGCUCCAGACAGUGUACUGUAUAUGCAUCUGUUUUGAAUGCAGCUGUUUUGGAGGUUUCAGUGAGGAGAGAUGUACACAAAGUCUAAAAGUGUUGCACAUAAGUCACUUUUAUUGUCACAACACAUGUGCCUUGGUGAGUGAAAUUCUUGGGAGCAUGCUCCAGAAAUUGCAGAAUAAUAAAGAACAUGGCUGAUUUA